AUGGCAAAAUGUGCAGAGCUGGAUUCAUUAGCAGUGGGGCCCAGUGACAGAGCAAUGGGGAGCAAGACGUUAUCAGAGGAGGGGAAAUUCCGCUUUUCCUUGAGGCCUUAUCUUUCUGAGUUUUCUUCAGUUCUUCGUGUUUGUGUGUCUUCCAGUUCCAAGGAGGGUUUCGGGUCAGUGGAGAAGGUCGUGCUGCUCACGUUUCUCUCGGCAGUUAUCCUGAUGGCUAUCUUGGGGAACCUGCUGGUGAUGGUGGCCGUGUGCAGGGACAGGCAGCUCAGGAAAAUAAAAACCAAUUAUUUCAUUGUGUCUCUCGCCUUUGUGGAUCUGCUGGUGUCAGUGCUCGUGAUGCCCUUCGGUGCCAUUGAGCUGGUUCAAGACAUCUGGAUUUAUGGGGAGAUGUUCUGCCUUGUCCGGACAUCUCUGGAUGUCCUGCUCACAACAGCAUCGAUUUUUCACCUGUGCUGCAUUUCUCUGGAUAGGUAUUAUGCCAUCUGCUGCCAGCCUCUGGUCUAUAGGAACAAGAUGACCCCUCUGCGCAUCGCAUUAAUGCUGGGAGGCUGCUGGGUCAUCCCCAUGUUUAUCUCUUUUCUCCCUAUAAUGCAAGGCUGGAAUAACAUUGGAAUAAUUGAUUUGGAAAGGAUAUCCAAGCCAAGACUGGGCCAGGAUUUGCAUGUGAUAGAAAAAAGGAAGUUCAAGCAGAACUCUAACUCUACGUACUGUAUCUUCAUGGUCAACAAGCCCUAUGCCAUCACCUGCUCCGUGGUAGCCUUCUACAUCCCAUUUCUCCUCAUGGUGCUGGCCUAUUAUCGCAUCUAUGUCACAGCUAAGGAGCAUGCUCACCAGAUCCAGAUGCUACAACGGGCAGGAGCCCCCACAGAGGGCAGGCUCCAACCAACAGACCAGCAUAGCACUCAUCGCAUGAGGACAGAGACCAAAGCAGCCAAGACUCUGUGCAUCAUCAUGGGCUGCUUCUGCCUUUGCUGGGCUCCAUUCUUUGUCACCAAUAUUGUGGAUCCAUUCGUAGACUAUACUGUUCCUGGGCAGGUGUGGACCGCUUUCCUCUGGCUUGGCUACAUCAAUUCUGGGUUGAACCCCUUUCUCUACGCCUUCUUGAAUAAGUCUUUUAGACGUGCCUUCCUCAUCAUCCUCUGCUGUGAUGAUGAACGCUACCGAAGACCUUCCAUUCUGGGCCAGACUGUCCCCUGUUCAACCACAACCAUUAAUGGAUCCACACAUGUGCUAAGGGAUGCGGUGGAAUGUGGUGGCCAAUGGGAGAGUCAGUCCCACCCCCCAGCAAGUUCUCCUUUGGUGGCCGCACAGCCCAGUGACACUUAGGCCCCUGGGGCAGUGACCCUGAAGACAGCCAGCCCUCCGGGAGAGGGCCAGGUCCUAAGCUGCUGCUUACGCACGACUGCACCCGCUGUCCUCUUCACCCAGCAUUCCAUCUGUUGGUGCAGGCACCCUGUGCCCAUCGAGCUUUUCCUCCAGGAUUCCAGCAGGUGGCAGGGGACAGGAUGGCCCCCUAGUUCACUGGGAGGCUCUUCUCCAGAGAUCCCCCUGGAAGGGAUCUUUUUGUUUCCUAGCACUCCCUCUUUCCGGCCUCAUAGUCACCCUUGCCUCAUAGUCUCUGUUGUCCCCAGUAUAUACCCUUACUAUGCCUGGUUUGUCUUGCUCAUGUUCCAAACAUGAUCACUCACUGUGUCCUAUCUCAAUCAUAGACGUUUCCAAAUAUUCCUUCUUUGUUGGGCCUGCUCACAUGCACUGCCAAAACACAUCCUCCCUGCGCCUGCCUUGGUCAGAGUUCUGUUCCAAAAGCACACAUCUCUUGCUUGUUUGUGUCUGUCACAGCCAUGUUCAGACUACUCACUGGCUCAUCUCUGUCCUGCUCUAUGCCAGACACUAAUACACUUUCCACCAGAGUCUGGGUCCAACUGUGCGUCUUCCUGUGUCCAUCACAGACUUCUACUUGCUCUUUAUGUCCGUGUCAGUCCUUCUCUUCAGGACAUGCUACAAUUAUUCACCAUGGAAGAAACAGGGCAACGAUCUUUCAGAGGAAAACCAUUUCUGCAGCAACCUCGGAGGGAAGCAGAAGAUAGAUGGCUCCCCAUCAGUCCCAUGGCCUCAAGCCCUCCUGCUCUGAGAUGCUCACUUUCCUAGAACAAACCAUUUCCUCGAGAGCCUUGGGCAAGACCAGCGGCAUCAUAGUGUUUAUUGAAAGAUUUUGGAAUCUUUCUCGUGAGCUUGUGGCAAAGUCCAUGGUACCAAUUUAUAACCCUUGAAUCUGGCCUUGCUUCUUCCAAAGGAGAGAACUGUUGGAGGCUCACGCUGCCAAGACUUGUCACUCACUGCAGUUUCCCCAGGUGGAGGAGCAGGACCAAGCAGUGCUUAGGGUGGAAAAACAGCACUUCACUUGAAGCCAGAGGAACUAGAUUCCAGCCCUGGCUCCACUUCUAACAGGAUGUGAGAUCGCGACCCAUGCCCUUCCUUCCCUGUACCUCACUUUCUUCAUCUAUCAACUGAAGUUUGGACCAGGGGAUCUCUAAGAUUCCUUUCUGUUUCUAUGACAACAGGAUGCUGCUAUAGCCAUCAGCUACCUCGAAAAGGUGUGACCUGCCUGCCUUUUGACUUUGUUUCAAAGGAACUAGCCGGCUCAUCUGGGCCUUCUAGACCUUUGACCUUGCCAGCUUUGCCCUUCAGAUAAACCUGGAUGUUUUUCAUUCAAAACUGAGUUCACAGCUCUUGCUACCUGUCCCAGAGUGAAGGUCCCAGGGAGGUAAACACUGCCACAUCCCAGAGCCCUGUGAGGUGUCCACUUUGGUCUUGGCUGUGGUUUGAUAGCAUCUCAGGACUUCAUCAUACUCUCCUUGUUCCUUCUGUUUAAGAAGUCAGGUAUCAUUUCCACUGAUGUUUACUUUAUUUCUGGAAUUGCACCAGCCUGGAAGAGACUUUGGAAUGAGAAAGAAAAGAUUGCCGUCAAACAAUCCAAAUGCAAAAAAAAAAAAAAGAAAAAUUCUGAGUCCUGCAAAGGCUUACAAUUUUUUUUUGUGGAGAAAAUCACUUGCUAUGAACAGGAAAAGACUCUAAUGAGAAAUGUGACUUGGAACUGCCAAAUGCUGUUAAGAAAGUUGCGCCAUGCUGAAAUGCUCCUGGUGUAGCCUGGGGUUGUCACUGAUCAGUGGGAGCAGAUUCAUCUGGGGACCUAGUCUCAUCAUAUAUGAAGAAAGUUUAUCUAAGUCCUGUCUUAAACAUUGACUUUGGAUGGACCAACUGUCUGUGCUUUUUUAAGUCACUGUCCCUCUGCCGUUAACAAGAUUGGAGCUUAGGAGGCCGCCACCUUUAGGAGGAUGAUCCUCCUCUAAUACAAAGGAGAGAUCAGCAAGGUUUUGAACUGCAAGGCCCUGAACCUGGCAGUGAAACUCACACUAUAUCUGUUGGGCUGCUGCCCACACUGUCCACAACUUCCAUGAACGUGCAGUAAGGAUGAGGAAGAAGAGAAGCUGCAUGGGCCCUGAAUCAAUUGCUGUGACUCACUGUGUGACCGUGAACUAGUAACUGUACCUCUCUGGCCUCAGAAACAAUCUCUCCUGCCUCCUUCAUGAAGCUGUUAUGGAGAUAAAUUAGAUAAUUUUUGUGAAGAUGUUCUGUAAAUCAUAAAGUGCCAUUUUGUUUACUAUCACUUUGAAUUACUUUGAGUGCUCCUGGGUAGUCAAAGUCUAAGAAUUUCUUCACCAAGAGGUGGACCAAUUUAGAGAGUCAGCUUUCUAUACUGAAAAACAAUACCAAGGGAUCAUCUUUUUGGGGAUCCAUUCUCCCAAAUUUAGCCUUCUGCAUUUGAUUAUUCUAGGCUACCCAAAACACACCAACACUGCAGAUUUGUGCAGCACAAACACUCUCAUUUGAAGGGAUUUUGUUGUUCUCAAAGUAAAGAGGUAGGUAGAGAGAGAUGAGGACUACAGUCUGAAUUUUGUGAUAAUGAGCCUAAUUUUUCAUGUACCUUCAGAGUCACAUGGAAUAAAUUCAUAUACCUUUUUGCCAUGAAAA